AUGUUUACGUCACGGUGGCGGAGGCGCGCGGCAAUUGAGCGGCGGACCCGCGCCGCCCGCGGUGGUGGUGGUGGGUGGCGGAGGGGGCGGCGCUGGCCCGGCGCGCGGCGGCGGCGGCGGCGGCCGGCAGUCGGCGGGAUGCGCGCCGCGGUGCCGGGAGCGGCGCUGCUGGCGGCGGCCGACGCGGCGCUGGCGGCGCUGCUGGUGGCGCCGUGCGUGGUGGCCACGUGGCGCGGCUCGUGGGGGCUGCUGGACGCGGCGCGCCUGCCCUGGUGGGCGUCGCUGGGCGCGGGCCAGGCGGGCCAGCUGCUGGCGGCGCUGCUGCAGCCCGCGGGCGCGCUGCCCGCCGCCGGGCCCGCGCUCUGGGCCGCGCUGCUGGCCGCGCGCCUCUACACGGCCGCGCUCGCCGGCUGCUGCGUGGCGGCGUGGCGCGGCGCCUGGAUGCUGCUCGACGAGCACGGCGGCGGCGACGACGUGGCGCACGUGGCCGCCUCCGCCGGCGCCAGCGUCGCCGCCCUCGCCGCCCUGCGGUCGCUGCGCAACGUGGCCGCGCCGCCCUGCGCCCUCGCCACCGACCACAUCGACGCCUACUUCGUCGUGCCCACGCUCUUCAGGCUCGACAGGUCGCAGCACGGCGUGCUGUGGGUUCUGGACUGCGCCUUCAGCGUGCUCGUCGUGGGCAACCUGAUCGUGUUCACGUGGCGCGGCGUCUGGACGCUGCUCGACCUCUACCUCUACCCCGACGACCAGCUGUGGUCGGCCAUCGCCUCGCUGGUGCUGGGCUACGGCGUGGUGGUGGUUGCGUUCGCGCUGCAGCUGCCGCUCAGCCUGGCGGUCGGCCGUCUGCAGGGGUCGUGGCGGCUGCUGGUCGCAGACCUCUACCACCUCGUCUCCUUCUUCGGCACCGUCAACGUGUGGCGGGGCGUCUGGAACGUCCUCGAGAUCUUCCUCCUAGAAGAGUACCCGGAGCUGGGGUGCUGGGUGUGCGCGACGCUGCCGCUGCUGCUGCUGAUGCUGCUGGGCUGCGGCAACUCGGUGCUGGUGAGGGGCGUCUUCAUAGACGGAGAGGAGCCGGGCGGCCGCUGCAUCAUCUUCCCCUGCAAGUACCUGCGCGCAUACCUGCAGGAUCGCAAACAAAAGAAACGAGAGAAGAGAAGGCAGCAGCUAGCAGAGCAGAUGGUUAACAGCGCAAACCACGCCACGUCUUUGCCGACGUUCGUCAAUCCACCGGAGACGACCCUGUGAAGAGACGAUGGCCAGACAACAAAUUCAACUGCGCGCUACCUGGGCGGCUGCUUCGGCAAACAGCAGUCGUUCGUUCCCCGCGUCCCCGACAGAUGCCACCACGCUCCGAGGCGAGGUGAUAAAAGAGCUGCGGAUGGCGUCCAUAGGCUGUGCUCGACGAAUAGAUGGGCGAAGAAAAACACUUGACAUUCCGAACUAAACCGCAACAUUCCGAGGCAACUUUAACAUUCAUUUUAGUAUAUAACGGCCGUGCGUGAGAAAAAAUUCUUUUGGCGAAACCUUGCUUAAACAAUGAAGUUACACAAACUUUCUUCGAUAUUAAUGCACUUUGGCGGUCUUUAGCUGUUUUCAAGAUAACGACAGUUUCGAAAGAUUUACUCUCCUUGCAGCAAAAAGCUGAUGCUUUUCUAACUGUAUAGGCAAUUCUGAUUUUAAAAAAUGAAAACACUAAAAUAGCUCUCAAUUCCGAAUGUAAUGAUGCAGAAUUGUCACACGCAAUGUAUUACGAAAAGUAUUGUUCCUCACAGCCACUUUAUAAGGUUGUGUCCGCGUUUACACACAUAGAGCAACACUGAUUAUCCAUGACAAUAAACAUGGGCGCCAUAUAUAUAUUCUCCACGUUUCCUUAAGAAUAUUCUAGGAUAAUAAAUCAUGGAAUAAAGAUGUAGAAACAGAAAUUUCGGAACCGUUAACCAUACCCUUAUAAAUGGGUUUUGCGGCGAAAGCUCACGUGUGUCAUAGAGCCAUAUCAUGAAUAUCACUUACAGUGGCUCAAGCAGCAAAUAUCUCUGAGACAUUCGUACGUGCAAUCCGUGAUUUCGAAAAGGGCAUUGUUUAAGGCGAUGCACUAUGAAGUCUGCAGCAGGACUUGCACAUAGAUAUGUAACAGCUAAUCGUUUUCAGCUAGUUGGAAAAUAAUGGAUACGCAGCGCACAGUAUAAACCGUUUCGAAAAAGAUCGACUAUUAUUUUCCAAAGCGUGUUUUGUGAUACUUAUGUACAUAAUGUAUGAUUUGCAUUAUAAUUUAUUCACUAAAUCUCAAACUUCAUUUAAGCUAAACUUCCGUCAUCACUUAAUACAUUAGAGUAUCUUGUGAUUAAAAACCUUUGGAAAUUGGGAUAAAUAUUCAUAUUUACCAUUACGGAACUCAUAGAUCAAAAAAUUAAAAACCCACCGACCAAAAAAAUCCUUCAAUUUCUCAUAUUUGGAGAAAAGUCAUCGUUUUCAAUGUACAGAAAAAGUGACGUUCUUUUAGCGGUGAACCUAAAUGGUGUUAAAUUUCAUCUUCAGUAAACAAUUUCUUGAAUAACAUCUUUAACAAGAAUUACAAUAGUUACAGAAUGCUGAAAAUAUCGCAAAAUAUUGUGCAAAUAGUAUAUUACGUUUGUCCUAAGCAAUAUGGAUACUCAAAAAACUCCUUGACUAUUCUGCCCCAUAGUAUUAAAAGAGAUUCAGUCCUAUAAAGUUCAAUAAGCAAAAAUAGACGGUUGUUUCGAAUAACGCUUGAUAGAUGGUAUAUGUUAAUAUUUCAUGUUGUUUUUAUGUAUUGUUACCAACUAAAUAAAAAGAUUUAUUUUGAA